AACCUUGCAAAAUUGAAAAAGCCGGAAGCCCUCGGCAGCAAGCACCGAGGUGGACUCUAGAGAGAGAGAGACAGAAAUUGGGUUUGUAGUGAGACAGAAAAAAUGAAAGGAGGGAAAAAGAGAAAUUCCAACUCUGACCCCCUUCAAUCGUCACCUCCAUCUUCCGACCUCCCUACCUCCGUCGACGGAGCCGCCGAUGAGGACCGCCGAAAAACUUCUGUGGACAGCGAGAAGCGCGAAGAUGCGGAGGACGCUGUUGAAGAGGACGACGGAGACGAGGAGGAUUCCGAAGCUGAGAGGGACUACGAACAGGACGAUAACGCUCAAAUUGAGGUUCAAGGAGAGCGGACCAAGCUUGCCGAUGGAUACUACGAGAUUGAGGCCGUACGCAGGAAACGCGUUCGGAAGGGUCAAGUGCAGUAUCUGAUUAAAUGGCGAGGCUGGUCGGAGGCGGCGAAUACGUGGGAGCCGGUGGAGAAUCUGUUGCAGUGUUCGGAUAUUAUUGAUGCAUUUGAAGAAAGUCUGAAAACUGGGAAAAGUAGGUCGACACGCAAGAGAAAGCGCAAGGCUGGCGUAACUUACGUUCAAACCAAGAAAAAAUUGCAUCACCACCACCAUCAUCAGCAGCAACAACAGCAGCAGCAGCAGCCGCAGCAGCAGCAGCCGCAACAGCAGCCGCCACAGCAGAGGUCUCCUGCAGCUGCCACUUAUAAUGUGCCUUCUCAUGUGAUCAGGAUUGCGGAGGAGCCCAUUUCCUUUCCCAGGCUAAAUGACUUGAGUUGUACGAACGGGAAUGGGGAGAAUAGUGUCAUUGUCACAAAGAGUGUAGAAACUUCCAAGAAAGUAAAUGAGAAUGGCGCGAGAAUGGGUUCUGUUAUGAGAGAAGAAGAUAAUGAGCAAAAUGAGUUGGAUUUGAAACUGUGUGAACUGAAAGGAGCGAUGGUGAUCAGUUCGGAAGACACUGACAGAGUCGCUAAAACAUCCCAAGAAGUCCAUCUAACAGGAGGAGAUACCUUGGCGAUUGGAUUGAGGAAGACAGAUGUAGCUGAUGCAGUCCAUUUAGGUCGUUGUACUGGAGCUAAGAAGAGGAAAUCUGGUUUUGUAAAGAGAUUCAAGAAAGAUCCAGAAUCCUGCUCUGUGGAUGAUGCAUCAAAUGGAGUCCCGGCAUGUGCUUCACUUGUACCAAUAAGCAUUCAACAACCAGAGUUUCUUGGAAACAAUAUGAAUUGCAAGAGUAAAUUUGAGGAUUCCAAAAGCAUGUGCACCAUCACUGAAAUUGUGAAGCCCAUAAGCUAUAAGGCUUCCAUAUCUAACAGUGUCCAAGAAGUCCUAGUAGCUUUUGAAGCCACAAGGUCUGAUGGAACCAAAGUUAUAGUGGAUAACAAAUUUUUGAAAGCUAACAAUCCACUUUUGGUAAGUUUUCCGUUCUUUUCCUGUAUAUUUUCUUUCAGAAACCAUGAACCUUCCUGUUACUUGAUCAUGUGUGAACUCAUAUCUAUAAUCUAUGAAGGCAUAACCACUCUGUUUUUCUUUCUCCAAUUAUAAUGCAGCUGAUAGACUUUUAUGAGAAACAUUUACGUUAUAGUCCAACAUGACAAACUGAUUAAACCGAGUGCACGCGAUCAGAAGCAGCGUUGUUUCACGUUCCUCGUUGUAUAGUGUUGUAGUUUGUUGUAGCAGAAGGCCAGUUGUAGGCCAUGUAGCAGAGUACCUAUAGGAAGGGUGGUAAAUAGUGUCGAUCGAGCUGGAUUUGUAUAACAGCAGACCGGUUCUUAUUGCGGGUUCGGUUUAUCAAUUUACCUUUAUAUGAUUGACUUCUCAACUUCUCCUCGAACAGGUAUCGUCGGAGCGAUGAAGCUUCAUUUUUAUUCAUUCAUAAUUGCUUGCUUGUUUUAUAGAAUGCUGUAAAUCCAGCCCAUUAACUCGGUUGGUGUCAUUUUUAGCUUAAUUCGAACAAUUGAUGUAUUUCUAGGAAUCCCUUGUUAGUUGUUUGCUGUUCCUGCGAUUCUUUA